CACUCCAAAACUCGACUGUCAGUUGAAGUUUACAUCAAAAAUGGGUGUUUCUAGCGAUGGGCCGAUGGGUCAGAGAGAACAGGACGACGCCAUACUCUUGGAUACUGUGGACGACUCGAUAACUUUGGUCAUAUCAAAGGACAAGGACUGUCACGUCAAACUCAAGAGACCCUUAAGCGUAAAGAAGGGUAAUCUCAAUGAACUGCUUCUCACGUUUCAAUCGCCAACACUUAAUGACGAUAUCGUUGUUAUCAAAGGACAUCGAAAUAAGUCAACUCAGACCGAGAUAGUGGACGGGGAGGCCAUAAGUUGGGUGUUCUUCAAGUCAAGUGGACUCGAAUUCAAUGAAUUGUAUUAUUUCUAUUGAGAGCUGAAUUUGGGAACAAAUUUUUGUUUUUGGUUUGUUUUUGGAAAUAUUUAUCAAUACAAGUAAUGACUGCCUGUAGUUAAAGGUGUGUUGAGAGGUAAUGACAGAAAAUGUAAGCAU